ACAUCGCAUCGCACCAACAUUGCAUCGCAUCGCACCAGCAUCGUAUCAUUGAGUUUUUGUACUACAAGUAUGCGUGCAUAUAUGCAGCCUGCACAGCAUAGUAACCAGUAUUUGCUCGAACACUGCAAAACAUUAGAACUUCAAAUCGUGAAAUUGACUAGCGAACGCGACACGCUCAACGCUGUUCGGCUGCAUCAAACGGACUCGCUCGACCUUGACUGUACCCUCAUUUCCUCAGUUCCAGCUACUGCUAACCGGCCAACUCGCGUCAUCCAUCCGAAGAUUCGGUUUUGGACCAAUGACGACUUCUUAGGAUGGCUGGAUUCUCCCGACGGCCGUCGAGCUGACCGCGGGAAAGUGCCGUAUCUCGAGGAUGAGAACGGUGAUCCACUUACCGACCCGAUAGUCAAGUCUAUCCGGAAACUUCUUCGUGGCGCUUGGGCGGAGCUCGUCAGACGCAAACUUGCUCCGAAGACGUGGGGUAAAGCAGCUGCGACUGCAAGGCAAAUUGUUCACACCCUGAUGGAGAACUCACAUCCAUUGUUCAAGUUCGCUGACGACGGUUGGAAGCUCGACUAUCUCAUGAGCACGUCGUAUUCUGCGUGGCGAAGAACCACUAGCGGGGGCAAGAAGCGUAAACAAUUGAAGGACGCUCUCAGGUCUGAAGUCCCCGGCAAAAAACUAAAAGGUGCGUCUUUAAUUUAAUAUGAUAUUGCAUUAACUAGUAUUUUUUGUAGUCGACCCUACCGUGAAUAUCCUGCCUUCGACGCCAGACUCUCUCUUGGCACCAUCGCCUACUGUGCCUAACUCGUUAGCUGCCGAGUCCAUGCUACUGCUAUCCAGGUCUCA